AUGGAAGCUGACGGCUCAACAGGGCUGGCGAGAUCAGCCGCCCUAAAGUUGUCCGAAAUGGGCGAAAGAACUAAACAGCUUGGCAGCGCGAUGCAAGACCCCAAACGCAAGAGAAGGCUCAUUCUGGUGAUCGUCUGCGUCGCGCUUCUGCUUGACAACAUGCUCUACAUGGUGAUAGUUCCGAUCAUUCCCGAUUAUCUCGCAGAUUUAGAGACCGAGCAGGCGGCGCGCGCCCAUGACAACUCUUCGCUGGGCAGAGCAAACAGGGACAACCUGGACAUACAGAUAGGGGUGUUAUUCGCAUCCAAGGCCAUUCUGCAACUCAUGGUCAGCCCCUUAUCGGGAACUUUCAUUGACCGCGUUGGAUACGACAUCCCGCUGCUGAUCGGACUUCUGGUCAUGUUUGUUUCGACCUGUAUAUUUGCUUUUGCUGACAACUACGGGACCCUGUUCGCGGCGCGCAGCCUGCAGGGUCUGGGCUCGGCGUUUGCCGACACGUCUGGGAUCGCGAUGAUCGCGGAUAAAUACACGGAAGAAGCGGAGAGGAGCCGCGCGCUUGGCAUCGCACUCGCGUUCAUCUCGUUCGGGAGCCUCGUGGCGCCUCCGUUCGGCGGUAUCCUGUAUGAAUUCGCAGGUAAACGGGUCCCGUUCAUAGUUCUGGCCUCUGUGUGCUUGGCAGACGGCAUUUUGCUCUUGACUGUGAUCAAACCUUUUUCUAACAGGACGCGCGAGAACAUGCCGGUCGGGACGCCCAUUUACCGGCUCAUGAUCGACCCGUACAUCGCCGUGGUGGCGGGCGCUCUGACCGUCUGUAACAUCCCGCUGGCGUUCCUCGAGCCCACCAUCGCCAACUGGAUGGAGAACACGAUGAACGCCACAAAGUGGGAGAUGGGUCUCAUCUGGCUGCCUGCCUUCUUCCCGCACGUGUUGGGGGUUUACGUCACUGUCCGCUUAGCCGCCAAGUACCCGGACCUGCAGUGGUUCUAUGGCGCGCUCGGUAUGGUCAUAAUAGGGGCCAGCUCCUGCACUGUGCCUGCUUGCAAAACCUUCGGCCAGCUGGUGUUUCCCCUGUGCGGAAUCUGCUUCGGCAUCGCUCUGGUGGACACGGCGCUCCUGCCCACUCUGGCCUUCCUGGUGGACGUGCGUCAUGUGUCCGUCUAUGGAAGCGUCUAUGCCAUCGCAGACAUCUCGUACUCGGUCGCCUACGCUAUGGGACCCGUAGUAGCAGGUCAGGUCGUACACAACCUGGGUUUCGUUCAGCUGAACCUUGGCAUGGGUCUGGUGAAUGUGCUUUACGCGCCGGCUUUGCUGCUGCUCCGGUACGUGUGCCAGAUGAAGCCGUCCCAGUCGGAGAGAAACGUGCUGCUGGAGGAAGGGCCGACGGGACUGUACGACACCAUCCGCAUGGAGGAGCGCAGACUCAAGCGCAAGGGCUUGUGCGCCACGACGACUAGCGCGUGUCCCGUGGACGAGGACGGGCUCUUCGAGCGGUCCAAAUCUUACUCGGAGGAGGAAUCGUCGGGACCCGAGUUCACUUAA